AUGGCGGACAACGCGGCAGUACCAGCCCCAGCGGCCGAGAACGCUCCCAACCUCCAGCUCGAUGAGGCGACCGGCGAGAUGGUCUCCAAGUCGGAGUUGAAGAAGAGACAGAAGAAGAGAGAGGCAGACAGGAAGAAGGCUGAGAAGGCUGCCGCUGCCCCCGCGAAGCCCAAGAAGGCGGAGGUUGCGGUAGGAGCACAGAAGGUGGAGGAUAUGGAGGAGUUGACGCCGAACCAAUACUUCGAGAUCCGCUCCAGGAGUAUCAACAAGCUCCGCGAGACCAAGAGCCCGAAUCCGUACCCUCACAAGUUUUUGGUCAAGGACAAGCUCGCCGACAUCGUCGAGAAGUACACAUCCCUCCAGAAGGGCGAGACAAGGCCCGAUGUCGAGGUCCGUGUUGCAGGUCGUAUUCACGGGUACCGUGCGUCCGGCAGCAAGCUGCGCUUCUACGACCUUCGUGCCGAGGGUGUCAAGAUCCAGGUUAUGGCGCAGGCGCAGGAAGCCGUUGGCGACUACCUUGCCCAGCACGAGCACCUUCACCGUGGAGACAUCAUCGGAAUUGUCGGUUUCCCCGGAAGGACCAACCCCAAGGCCGCUGACAACGCGGGUGAACUCUCGAUCUUUGCUAAGGAGGUUGUGCUGUUGACGCCUUGCUUGAGGAUGUUGCCGACCGAGCACUACGGUCUCAAGGACCAGGAGACGAGAUUCCGUCAGCGAUACCUCGACCUGAUCAUGAACAACUCCAGCAGAGAUGUGUUUGUCACCAGGAGCAAGAUCGUGUCGUACAUCCGCAGAUACUUCGACGAGAAGGACUUCGUGGAGGUUGAGACCCCCAUGAUGAACGCUAUCGCUGGAGGUGCCACUGCGAAGCCUUUCGUCACUCACCACAACGAGCUGAACAUGGAUCUGUUCAUGCGUGUCGCGCCAGAGCUGUACCUCAAGAUGUUGGUUGUCGGAGGACUCGAGCGCGUGUACGAGAUUGGCCGUCAGUUCAGAAACGAGGGUAUCGAUCUCACCCACAACCCCGAAUUCACAACUUGCGAGUUCUACUGGGCAUACGCCGAUUACUACGACCUGAUCAACGUCACCGAGGAUCUCGUUUCCGAGAUGGUUAAGCACAUCACUGGCAGCUACGUGACCAAGUUCAACACUCAGAGCGGUGAGGUUUACGAGGUCAACUGGGAAAAGCCAUGGAAGAAGAUUGACAUGAUGGAGGAAUUGGAGAGGAUAACCGGAGAGAAGUUCCCGCGGGGAGACCAGCUCCACACUCAGGAGACCAACGAGUUCUUGAAGGGGAUCUUGAAGAAGCACAAGAUUGACUGCUCUGCUCCUCAGACCAACGCCCGCAUGCUUGACAAGCUCGUCGGCGAGUUCAUCGAGGAGCAAUGCAUCAACCCCACCUUCAUCACCGGCCACCCCCAGAUGAUGUCUCCCCUUGCCAAGUACCACCGUGACCGCGUGGGUCUUUGCGAGCGUUUCGAGGCCUUCGUCUGCAAGAAGGAGAUCGUCAACGCCUACACUGAGUUGAACGACCCCUUCGACCAGCGGCUGCGAUUCGAAGAGCAGGCCAACCAGAAGGACCAAGGUGACGACGAGGCACAGCUCAUCGACGAGAACUUCUGUACCUCGCUCGAGUACGGUCUGCCGCCUACUGGUGGUUGGGGUAUGGGUAUCGACAGAAUUGUCAUGUUCCUUACCAAUAACUACUCCAUCAAGGAAGUUUUGACUUUCCCCUUCAUGAAGGAUGACCACUCCGAGAAGAAGACCGCCGCCGAGGUGGUGGGAAUCACGCCCAUGCCGUAA